UUUGGCACUGUUUUGUUCGCUCCUGCUCGGCCACCUCCAACGUGAUAGUGGAAAAAUCACGAGUUCUCUGUAACACAAACCUUUUUGUUUUUUAGCUUCCAUGAGGCACACUGUCUAGCUAGUUCUUGUUUGUAUCUAAAUAUAAACUAGAGGCACAGGGAUUGAUUAGCUAGGUUGCAUUAUCUUUGGAAAUUCUUAUAUCUAUAUUUUCCUUCUUCCUCUUCUAUCUUCUACUGUAAUUUUAAAGGAACUUCAUCAAAAAUAAUGCAGAUCUCCAAAUCAUAUCCCUCUCAAAAUCCUGAAAGUCAUGAAUCGCAAGACAUUAUCAGCUUUGACAGAUCUCUUCAAGAACUUCGAGACCUGCGUUCUCAGCUCCACAACGCAGCCAGUCACUGUGAAACAACUUUCUUGAACACCAACCAGAAAAGAAUGGUUCUGGAAAGCACAAAAGAGUACCUCUGUAGGGCAGUUGUUGCAGUUGUUGAUCAUCUUGGAUGCGUCUCUGCUAAUCUUAACAACAACAUUUCUAACAAUUGUGCGUUUUCGGAGGCUGAGCUUAGAAUUAAUUGCCUAAAACAAAGGCUACUUUCAUGUGAAAAAUAUGCUCACAGGGUUGCUCUCACAAGAGUAAGGUGGAACGCAUAUUUACCGAAACAUCACCACCGCUAUUUGUCAACACAAAUUACAAGCGUUGAGAAAUCAAACGAGGAUGCAAGAGAUUCGAAUUCUCAAGCUCCCACAAAAAUAUUGUUGGCCAAGCAUGAAUUUGGGGCAGAGCAGUUGCCUCUUUUCCUUCACACCUGCUCUCAGAAAUCAGCCUCAACCAAGAAUCUGUGGUCGGGAAUUUCCACCGGGAAAGGAGACCCUAAUGCAGUAUUGACUUGUGUAGCAGUGCCUGUUCGUGAUGGCCUUUCAAUACUCUCAAGGAUUUCAAAUCCCACUUUUCACUUUCAGAAAUGUUCCUCAAGGCAUGGACGGAGCACCAUAUUUAGAAAAUCAUCAGCACAUAGUAGAGACAUAUUUUCACUCCUUCGCCGGGCAAAACGAACACCAUAAUGCAGUGAUCGGAAAAAGUUAUGUCAUAGUGGUGGUUUUUAAGUGCCUUUCGUAUUAUAAAGGCCUUAGAAUGCCUCUAUAGAUGACAAGUGGUAAAAAAAUUCCAUGUCUUGAUGGUUUGUAUUUUUUUAUGUGCUAUAACUUGCAAGUAUUUCUUACAAUUCUAUUUGAAAUCCUGCAAAUUAAGAGUGUGUUUGGUAGUGUAA